AUGUCGAAUCCCGAUAUCAACACCCGCAUCUUGGUCAACAAGUACUCCCCUACCGGCCUUCUGACCCUUGACAACUUCAAGGUUGUGGCUGCCCCAGCUCCUACCAAGGACUCGCUGAAAGAAGGACAAAUCCUUGUCCGCAAUCUCCACCACACCGUGGACCCGUACCAGCGUGGUCGUCUGAAUGGUAAUACUGGCAGAUACGUCCCGCCAUACACUAUCAAUGAGCCAAUUACCACCGAUGGUGUCGCUGUUGUAGAGGUAUCAGCCAACCCCGGCUUUGUCUCUGGUGAUCUCGUUGCUAAUCCAAACUCAGCCUGGGAAAACAAGUCAGUUGUUGCUGCUGAUGCUGUACACAAGCUGCACAGGGAUGAUGGUAUCAGCCCUCGCGACUACGUCACUGUUCUGGGCAUGCCGUCAUUCACAGCCUUUGUCGGCUUGACCACGAUUGGUAAGCUCAAGGCCGGUGAGACCAUCUUGGUCUCUUCGGCAUCGGGUGCCGUUGGCCAGAUGGUUGUUCAGCUCGCCAAGGCCCGUGGUCUGCGUGUUAUUGGUGUUGCUGGUUCAGACAACAAGGUCGAGUUUAAGACUUCCCGCAACUCUGUCGUGUCGAUCAAGGAGGCUGCUCCGGAGGGCAUUGACAUCUACUUUGACAACGUCGGUGGCGUGUUCCUGGACGCUGCUCUUGCCAAUAUCAAUGCUGGUGCGCGCACCAUCUCGUGCGGCGUUCUUUCUCAAAUGAACCUCAAGCCUGAGGAAAAGUACGGUGUGAAGAAUAUUGGCAAUAUCCUGGCUAAAACUGCCACUCUGCAAGUUGUGCUUGUUUACAACCAUUACAAUACUCCAGUGGAGAUCGAGUUCGUCGACGAGAUCAGUGUGCUGUACAGAGAAGGCAGGAUCCAGUAUCGCGUUGAUGAGACUGUUGGACUGGAAAGAACUCCUCAGACAGUUCUGAACAUGUUUAAUGGGAAGAGUUUCGGAUGCAGUGUUGUCAAGGUCUAGCUCAUCAGAUUUCAUUCCUCUUAUCGCUGCACUGUCAUGUUCAGUUUGGCAUCUACAUUUUUACUAGUUGAGGUACCAAUAAAACCGUAUACCAUCGGAGUAUAA